ACACAUUCCUUUACACAUUUGUCUUCAUGUUUUUUUAACUUUAUGUAAUCGUAUGUCAAAUUUCCUUCCUUUUGUGUUUUCUCGUUUCGCGCGCGUUCAGGGUCACAAUACUAUGCGAAAAUCAAUAAUACAUAUAUAUAUCUAGACAGAAGGUGGUGGCAGCAGCACUGCGUUUCUUCGAGGGUUUAGUCAACCCGAUGCAUUGCGGAGAUACAGUUCGUGGCUCAAGCGUGUUGCAUGUACUACCGUUCGCGCGAAGUUGUACAACACUUGCUCGCAAUCUCUUUUUCGAGGAGUAUAUUAUACAAUAUCCGGUGAGAGUGAAAAUUGUUUUUGCUCCGAAAAUCUCAAGGAAUAAGAAUACUCAACAAAGGAUUUCAGCUAUUCAUUGCAUCGUAUGUGUUAUAAAAAAGAAAGAUUGAUAAAGGAGGUAAAAAUGCAUUAAUAGAGAUUGCGAAGGAUUAUAUACGAUGACAGAAAGUUACAUAACAAAUGCACAAGUGGAUUGAAUUCUUUAAUCACAUCAAGCAUGAAUUUAUCUGAAGGAAUAUUGCAAUCCUUAAAUAUGAAAAACGCAUUAAAAACAGUUUUUCCUACUCUACAAUCUCUGCAAGAAGAAAAUGCAGCAUCCGUAAGAAUGCUUCGUAUCAUUUCUAAUACUGACGAUAGCGCGAUCGCAAGGCGAUUGACACUCUCGUGACGUAAAUGAUUAUAUUCCAUGAACUAUAUUUUUCCGUAACUAUCGAAUUUGUUUCUCGGAACAAACAAGUUUGGAAUAAAUCAACGAUUAUUUAGCGUGCUCGCGAAAAAAAAUAAGUGAUCUUGAGUCAAAUUUCGACUGACAAGUCCCGCAUAGUGGAAAGAUGCUGUCUACUUGACGAACACGUGGUCGACAAGUUCGCAAAAGAUUUUUAUUCGUCUAAAUAUCAUCCUAAAAUCAUUUUGAACAUAAUGGCAACGGGGAAAGACUCGAUGAAGGAUUGGAACGUCGCUAGAACCGGUAUCUCCCUGCUGUUGAACAACAAAAUCGAGGAGGCUGAGGCUCUGUUUACCGAACAUCCUCAUAGCUUCCAUGUCAAAGCCGGCCGCUGCUUUGUCCUCUUCAUGAAUGCCCUGAUGACUUUCGAAGAUGAUAAGCUUCAACAAGCCAUGUUAUUACUUAAGGAUAUGGAACGGGAAUGUGCGGGCGAUAUUGGGUGGCUAAAGUCCGUGAAAAGUAAAGUGUUUCGAGCAGAAGAGACCGGCAAGGAUUAUGUAAAUAAGUUGGAGCGCCAAAUCAUUCUAGCAGAUUCGCAAGUUUGUUCGGCCAUAUUAACGCUUCUUCAACAAGAAUUAACCGGAUAUGUACGCGGUGGUUGGAUGCUUCGUAAAGCUUGGCGAGUUUAUCAGCAUGCGUAUAAUCAGAUUUCGCAGCUAUAUCGGCGCACCUUCGGUACAAAUCCGACGGGACUCAGUCCGUACUGCGGCAUUCCCACAAGCAACGGAUCCUCUUUCCAGAGUCCGCAAAGCCCAGAAUCCUCGGAAUGGUCGAUACCCUCCUGCAACGGUUACGUGAACAACGUGACACCCGUAUCGUCGCCAUCAGGUCUGCGAAGCUCUCUAUCAAUGUUCUUCUCGCUCACUGGCAUCACGUCCGAACAACAGACACCCUUCGUGGAACCUACGGAAGUGACACGUUUAAUGUCGGCCGCGAGUUUCGGUUACGGUAUAUACCAGCUAUGCGUGAGUCUUUUGCCGCCCUCCCUGCUGAAGGUGAUCCAUUUCUUGGGCUUCGAGGGUGAUAGACAGGCUGGUCUUGCCGCCCUUAUGUACGCACGAGUCAGCGAGGAUAUGCGCGCACCGCUCGCUACAUUAUCUCUUCUUUGGUAUCACACAAUCGUACGUCCGUUUUUCGCACUUGACGGUUCCAAUGUGAAAGCGGGCGUCGCGGUAGCAAAACAGCUGAUAGCUGAAUGCCAUUCCGAAUUUCAUAGCUCUGCACUCUUUCUUUUCUUCGCUGGUAGAGUGGAACGUCUAGAGUCAAAUGUCAAUGCAGCGCUCGAAGCGUACGGCAAAGCUGUGGAGACUUCGACCCAACGUGAAAUCAAAUUAUUAUGUUUGCACGAAGUGGCUUGGUGUCAUCUGAUAUGUUUGAGCUACGAGGAAGCGUAUCGAUCCUUAUUGCAAUUGCAACAUCAGUCUAGAUGGUCCAAGAGCUUCUACGCGUACCUAGCUAUGGUCUGUUGUGGAGCAAACGGCAAAUUUGACGAUCUGCUAAUAACUUACGACAAAAUACUUCACUGGUUCCACGAGAUGAACAAGGAGACGCAACUCGGCGCUUUCAUUUUACGCAGAGUGCCGAAACUCAUUGACAAGGACACCGGGCGUCCUUAUACACUUCUGUAUUAUAGAUUGCUGGUAUAUGAAUUAUUGUACUUAUGGAAUGCCAUGCCGUCCUGUUCCACUGAAUCGCUGCGUAGAAUAUUAUGGGGUAAUAAUCGAUUGAUUUUCGUGCAUAAUGAAAGGACGCUAAUGAGUGCGCGAAAUACCUUCUGUUGCGUUAACGCAGGAAAUUGUCCGGGUAUUUCGGCUAGCUGCAAUCAACGAUCCGCAUGGUACACGAAACUAAUCAAACCCUUCGUUUUCUGCGUUAUCACGUCGAUGCUCGCAAUGUCCGUAUCCCAUCUUUGCGAUAAAUAUUCCGCUAGUGCGUCAUUCAAGACAAUCAAGGCAGACUUAAGAAACCUGAGAGCUCAUUUGGGAACUCUCUCGCUGGAAGUGAAAAAUGUAAUGGAGAUGCGCGACGAAUUGAAAAGCAAAUUGAAGGAAGUGGGCAACGUGAUUCCGAAAAUGUCAGAAGCUAUUCUUAAUCUGAGGAACGAAGUGUCCGAGGAAAUGAAUCUGCAUACGAAGAACUUGCUGAAAGCUCUAUCACCGGAAACCGUCAAGGAUAUGGUAAGAAACGAAUUAAAGACGUACGAUGCCGAUAAAACUGGAAGAACGGAUUAUGCUCUUGAAAGUUCAGGUGGUACGAUCCUUUCGACACGAAACACCGAACCCUAUUCGACCGGCGCACCUGUGCUCAAUCUGUUCGGCAUACCGCUUUGUCAGCAGCAAAACACACCCCGAGCCGUGAUACAGACCGGCGUUUUGCCGGGCGAAUGCUGGGCCUUCAAGGGUAGCCGCGGCAGCGUGGUGAUCCGACUACUCGGCCAGGUGCACGUGUCCGGAAUCAGCCUCGAACAUAUUUCCUCGUUGAUAUCCCCAACUGGGGAAACCGCCACAGCUCCUAGAGAUUUUUCUAUUUGGGGUUUGACAGAUCUUGAGGAUGAGAAGCCUUUCUCAUUUGGCACAUUUACGUAUGACAAUACUGAUUCACCGUUGCAAUACUUUGAGAUCCAGAAUCGAUCGAAAGAAGCAUACGAGAUAAUCGAGUUGAAAGUCCAUUCCAACAGUGGUAAUCCAGAGUACACGUGUAUUUAUAGAAUACGAGUGCAUGGUACGCUUAAUCGAAUAUGAGUAUGAAUCCGAAAAAACACAACAGAUGUACUAUACGAUGCCGUUUGAUAUCAAAGAAUCCGAUAUAGCGAUAAUGUAAUAUUGAUCAAGCGCUGGAUGUAAAUCAGGACUUAUGGGUGAUUGUUCAAUAAAAAGAACGGAUCAUCUCAACGUAAUCGUCGCUCGAUUUAUUACAUUUGUACAUAUUUAGUUCUCCUCUGACUCCGUUAUUUCGAAUCUCUCCUCACACGUUCUCCGUCACACACACGUAUCCCAUAUUCUGUCAUACCCUCCCGGCUUCGCGUGACGAAGCAAAACGUGAAAAUUUCACAUUUCACCAACCAUGUCGGGCGCAUACACGCAGAACAUCAGGCAGACAAGAAGGACGCUCUCCCGGCGGCGCUAUGUGGACACCGACCGUUAUUACAUCAUUAUACCGUAAUUAAAAUAGUAUGUUAUAUAUCUGGAACCGGCGACGGUCCGGUGUUUUUGGUUUUUGCUUCUUUAUUCUGUUUAGUUAUAGCUUAGUUUCUCUUCCCUUCUAAUUCAACGAUUACGCGCACUGCCUUCUUAGCUACGGGCGAAGAACAGACUCGAGAGGCACACACGCUGCGAGUUUCGAUAUACGAUAUUUCUCUCAAUUAACGCGUGCACACGUAUGUAGGAUUGUAUGACUAAUGAUUUUUACUUUUCUCCGUUGUUUUUUUUUUUUUUUUUUUUUUUUUUUUUUU